AAGAAACGUUGAGAAAAAGCCAAAGGUUGAAGGUGGGAACAAUCAUCACUGAACGAAGUUUGUGUAGUUAUCAGACGUGUGUGUGUGCGCGCGUUAGCGUUGUAAUCACAAUCAAUCGAUUGUUGUCGCAAAUCCAAACGGCGUCGUCGUCGGCGGCGGAAGAUGUCUUCGCAGCAACAGCAAAUGCAGAACAGUGGCGGCGGCGGCGGCAGCAUGGGCAUCCCAGCGAGCGAGAUUUUCUGGACUCUGGCCGAUAAAGCCGACAAAAAGUUCUCCAAAAUCAGGGACAUUCCUUUUUACCAGCGCAGCAGGCGUGAUACGUACUUUUACAAGGUCUUCAAGGUUUACACACAAUUGUGGAAGUUUCAGCAGGAGAAUCGGCAGAAGCUAGUUGAAGCUGGGCUUAGGAGAUGGGAAAUUGGUGAAAUUGCAUCUCGCAUUGGGCAACUGUAUUUUGGGCAGUACAUGCAAACAAGUGAUGCAAAUUAUCUGUCAGAGUCAUAUAUAUUCUAUGAGGCCAUAUUGACUCGGGAGUAUUUUAAGGAGGGAAUGUUUCAGGAUGUGAAUAUUGCAAACAAACAAUUGAGGUUUCUUGCUAGAUUCAUAAUGGUGUGUUUGGUUUUGAAUCGGAGGGAAAUGGUACAACAAUUGGUUAAUCAGCUUAAAGUAUUAGUCGAUGAAUGCAAGAGAGCAUUCCAGGAAAGUGACUUUAAAGAAUGGAAGCUGGUGGUUCAAGAAAUAGUCAGAUUUUUAAAAGCUGACACUGCUUUUAUGAAUCUCAGGCCCUUAAGAUAUAGUCUAGUUUUGGACUCUCAUCCUGAUACCUUGCCACAUGUUCCUGCAGCCAUUACAAAGCGACAUUUGAAACUACGAGAUGCUGUAUUAAGUAGCUUCCAUGAAAAUGAGGUAAAGUAUUCAGAGCUCACAGUGGACACUUUUAGGAUGCUUCAAUGUCUGGAGUGGGAACCUAGUGGCUUAUUUUACCAGUCCAGUGGUUCAAAACUUAGCCAGAAUGGGGCUACUGGGACUAGUCGCAUCAGUUACAUCCAAGACAUUGCUGAUCCUACUUUACCAGCAAAUCCACGGAAAGCUGUAUUAUACCAUCCUGCACUGACACAUUUUAUAGCCGUUCUUGCCACAAUAUGUGAGGAGCUUCCUUCUGAUGGUAUUCUCCUUGUGUAUUUGUCAGCUUCAGGAUAUUGUAGUUCUCCUCAAAAUGAAUCUGGUUGCAUACACCUUGGUUCUCAUGGAGAGAGAGGAUCAAACUGCGUAUAUCCUUCUGACUUUCUACCAUUUACUAGAAGACCACUUCUUUUAGUCAUUGAUAAUGACAAUAGCAACGCAUUUAAGGUGAUAGCAGACGCAGAAAAGGGAGAGCCAGUUGCAAUGCUCCUUUCACCAAGCUGUUCUCCUGCUGUGUCUGACUGCUCACAUCAUUCAAAUGGGAGCCUAUUCACCAUGUUUCUUACAGCUCCGCUGCAAGCUUUCUGUCUUCUGAUUGGACUUUCAGAUACUGAUAUUGAUUUGGACACAUUCAACAAAGCUGAAGCAAUACUCACAUCUUCACUAAAUACCUGGGGGCUAGCAUUGGCAACAUCAAACACACUUAAUCCUGUUUGGGGGCAGAUUUUAGGUGAUCCCUUUAUUAGGAGGCUUAUUUUGAGAUUCAUGUUUUGUCAGGAAGUGUUGACCCUAUAUGCACCAGUUUACAAAGAGAACAAAUUCCUUCCGACAUGUGUCCCUGCUCUUCCGAUGCCUGCCAUGCCUCCAACUUACUCUUAUGAGAGUGUAAUUCUGAAUUUAGCCAGCAUGUUUGGUGCAACUAAGUAUUUCAUCUUCUCAGAGGAUGUUGUUUGUCCUGAAAAUUUAGAAGUCGACAUGAAUCAGUUGACUCUAUGAAGAUAAUUAAAAGCAUCAUCUCGGAGGCAUUAAAAUGUAUACAGAAUGUUUGUAUAGCAACUAAAAACAUGAAUUCUGUCAAUGUUUUUAUUUUUCUGGUUGUGCGAAUGUCUAAUGUGGAUUGAAGCUCGACAUGGCAAGUUGCAUAGUCCUGAAGAAUGGAAUUGAACAAAAGAAGAAAGUUUGAUAUAGGGAUCGGUAUUGUUGCGAAGAAACCUUGUAUUUGUUUUUGUCACUACAACCAAUGUCAUGAUGCUUUGAUGUUUUUUCUACUAAAAUGAUUCGUUAAUGUUUUUGGCAAUGAAUAGAGAAUGUUUGCGUUGGUAUCA